AUGGUUCUAACUUGUGGCUGUAAGGGCGAAUUCAGCAAUUAUUUAUGUUUAACCUUUUGUAACAAAUGUUCUCGGUCAUAUGUUCUUGACGGUCCAGAUAAAGAACAGUGUGAAAAUCACAGCAAUGGUUUUAUAUUGGAUGGCGUAAUUGUGUUAGACAACUUUAUUUCUGAGAGAGAAGAGAAUGAUCUUUUGAACAAAAUUGAGGAAUCUAUUUGGGUUGAAUCCCAAUCUGGGAGAAGAAAGCAAGAUUAUGGCGUAAAGGUGAACUUUAAGAAAAAAACUAUUAAGUUUAAGCACUUCACCGGUCUUCCUAAUUACAGUCGUUAUUUAGUUGAGCGUUUGCACAAGCAAAUGAGGACAGAUGGCAAAAUCUUCAAGGAUUUUUUCCCAGUUGAGCUCUGCAACUUGGAGUAUUUACCUGAACGAGGAGCUGCAAUUGUUCCUCACCAAGAUGAUAGUUGGCUUUGGGGUGAACGCUUAGUCGUUCUCAACUUAGCCUCGGAGACCAAAAUGACAUUCACUCUCCCUCCUGAAAGUCCAAGUUACCACGAGGAAUGGGUUGAGUACAAAAAGUUUGCAGAGGGGAAUUUCGACUCCUCGAAGGCAAGUCUUCCCCCAUCUAUUGCAGUUCCACUUCAUCGUCGAGAUUUGCUCAUAAUGUCAGGAAAGGCACGAUUCACGUGGUAUCACGCAAUAAAUCGAGAGGACAUAAUUGCUCGCCGGUUGUCUCUAACACUACGGGAACUAAGUGAUGAAUAUCUGCCACCCUAUUCGAUGCUGAGACACUAUGCCAUUUGUCCGGAAGAUAUUACCAAUACCAAUAAUGAUAAGGUAGAGACGUCAAAGGUUACUGACAAUCAGAAACUCGGUUUGGAACUUAUCAAAGUUGCAUUCAGUUUCUCUGGUAUAAGUGUUGGUGAAGCAGCGCGUACGACAGUAAAAACGCCAGAUUGUAUUAAUGCAAAAUGA